ACUCGGUGAGGGGGUGGAGAAGGCAACAACUCAUAAAAUUAAGCGAUUUGGAUGUGAGUUAGUCUAACUGUGAGGAUCGCCGCGUUAACAGCUCGCUAGCUGUCCUCGUCGCACAUUGUCGCUCGCACCCACACAACGGACUGCAAGUCGGCAGUACAACGUUACUCCUCACAGACACGUUCCGUUUCUCGCAAUCGCAAUUUUAUCGAAACACUCGACUAUUGUUCGCGCCAUAAUGCGUUAACAACACUUCGGAAGUGCAAUUUCUUCAAAAACUGUUAAUUUUUAAUCUGUAACUUUUUUGUGACUUUAUUUUUUUUAAUUCAACGAAUGUUUAAGUGAUGUGAUUGAGCUGAGCGGAUAUCGGACUUGUUAUUCAGGAAGCAUCUGAAACGGACUUCAAAGACCGCAUACAUCAAACAACUCUACAUCAAUCCCAAGUGGCUAUUAAAUGCUAAUUCAAUCAUAAAAACAAACAUGACAUGCUAUUUCCGUACAAAUCGCGGGUGAAUUUUAACACAUGAGCGCGGAAACGGGACAGGAAGACAAGAAAGAGACAGACGAUAUGCAAACUGUGGUCUCCAGUUACGUUGCACCGAAUUUAAUAGAACAAGCUGAUAAUAGACUGAUAGAUGUCCACAAUGGAUUUAAUAAUGAUAGCUCCUAUACUAUAGAAUAUCAGUAUACUGAUGAACUUGAUAGACUGACUCCAGAAGAGAAAAUUAACGUUGAUGAAGAAGAAAAAGAAGAGGAACUUGUAAUAGCCGACAAUGUAAACGAAUCCGACAAUGUAAAAGAAUCUCAUAACAGCAAAAGCUCAAUUGACAGUAAUCAUGAGAAUGUCGAAACUAUUGAGGUUAGAAAUGAAGAGUUUAAAAAAGACGAUUCGUGCGAACCAUCAUGGCAUCCACAUGUGUAUGGGAAACCUCCGAAAAAGCCAACACCUCAUACAAUAGAGUACAUAUUAGGUAUAUCGAACGUUGAUAGGAGUAAUAAAGAGGAACCUAAGAGAUCAAGCGUUAGUCAGUUGAUAAACGUUAAGAGAAAUUUUGAAGCUAAGAAAUCUUUUUCUUUCGAUAAAAAUAUACAAGUGCAAACAGAUUUGACUGAUAGGAAAUUUAAUUUAAGUGUACAUAAGAAUAAACUGCAGGAACAGUUAUUACAAAGGGGAGUGAGGACUAGUGAGAGUGAGGAUAAAGUGCAAUACUACAAGUGCGAUGAGCAGCCGUUGAAUUUGUCUGUGCCAAAGCCUAAAGAUUGGUGUGCGAAUGAAGAUGACAAGAUCACAAAAGAUCCGUCAAAGUUAAUUAAGCGAAAAAAGUCCACGGACGAUGUACGUUCGCCACUUGGCGGGGAAGGUUCUCUGACCAGUGAAGAAGGUGAAGAACCAGGAGUCGGGAGACGGAAGAAGGCCAGAACAACGUUCACGGGCCGGCAGAUCUUUGAACUGGAGAAACUGUUCGAAGUGAAGAAGUACUUGUCCUCUGGCGAAAGAGCCGAUAUGGCUAAACUGCUGAAUGUUACUGAGACUCAGGUAAAAAUAUGGUUCCAAAACAGAAGAACGAAAUGGAAGAAAAAAGAUAACAUAAGCAACGCUGAAGUAGCCGAGUUCAAGCAACAAACGAAACCAGUUACCGAAGAGAAGAAAGUCGACGAACAAGGAAAUAAAGACGAUCCGUUAGCUAUAGACAUGUCGAAGAAGAAUUGUAAUAAAAUCUUAAGUGAGAAACUGAGAAGUACAAAACAAAUAGUAACCCAAAAUGUUUCGCCAAAACCUAGGAAAGUAGAGAAAGGUGUAGUUUUAGAGACAAUAUGCGAUGCAAACGAUAUAGAAAGUAGAAUUUCAAUAACUAAAAUAACGAAUAAACUAUCAAGUACAGAUUUAUCAGGAGAAGCUGGUAAAGUGUCAGUGAAAAGCUUCAGUGCUGAGGAAGUGAAAGAACUAAAAUUCGACACUCUCAGUAGAGAUGUUGAGAUGUAAAGUUUUCUAGACUAAGUAGAUAUGUUUGGGCCAGUUUUGCAAUCAUUAAAUCUUUUUUUAGGUACAAUAAUAAUAAUAGUAAAGUUUACGUAGAUUCGAGUGAGGUAUUUAAUUGAGCAAUGCUUUAUUUAAUUAUCUGUAGAGUUUGAAAUGAUUUCAUACAUAGAAGGUAGACAGAGCAUUUGAGAUUGUCUUUGCAUGCUUUUUAAUUUGUAUCUGUAAAAUAUAGGUAGAGAUAGUAUAAUAGGCUCAUUACGAAUUGUACAUAAAAAAUUGGUAAGUCGUGUGAAUGUUUUGUACGUUUUCGGAUCUUAAUUUAGCGUGAUAGGAAAUUUAGAUUUCGUUCGAUCUUCAUUGAUACGAGUAAUUUAUCUUGGUCUCUCUUGUAUUGAAAUUGCAAUUUCAAAUCACAGUUCCUAUAUUACUUUUUUUAAAGCUUUGAUAAUGCAAAUUUGUUAUUCCUCAUCAGUAUAAUUGUCAAUUCUAACAAAUAUGUAAUGUGCUGUAUAUGGCUUAUUAGAACAGAAUUGAAGGAUAAAAAGUAGCCUUCAAUUUUGUUUUGGUUUCAUUGACGUCCUUUGUCCAGCAGUCGGGUAUAAAAUGGACUUUGUACACGCCUUUGAGACAUUUUUAACAGACUUCAAAAUGGAGGAGGUUAUCGAUUUGGUUGUAUUUUUUUAUGUUUGUUACCUAAUAAUUUCGUUAAUUAUAAAGCGAUAAGGAAAAUUCUUUUAUCUGAAAGGAUAUACUUACAGAUUCGUUCCACAGAAUUUUAUCAGAAUCUACUGAAUCAGUAGUUUAUUUUUUUAAUCAAGUUAUCUGAUUUUGUCAUAAUUAAAGUGGAAUACAAUCUUAAUAAAUAAAAUUACUUAAAAGGUUUUCUCCAUCAAGGUCCAAGUUUAAAGCUAAGAAUAUAUUCAAUAACUAUGAUGUGGAUCAGGAGGUGGACAUAGGAUUCCCAUGGCAGUUGAUGAAGUAUGUAGUUUCUUCCAGUUUAUAUUAAAUUGGUCUUGGUACCCAUGAGCAGUUGGAUCACAGAUAUAGACUGAGAUAGAUGACGUUAGUGCUUCAGCUUAAAUUAAAACUACAUAUUGUAUGAGAAAUGUAAUUGCUGUAAUGUUAGAAAAUUAGUCAGCAAACUCCGUUCGAUACAAAACCCUUCGAAAGGAAGAAAUAUUUUUAUUCAAGUAAACUUAGGUUUAAGCCUUUUUGAAUUUUUUUCAUUGCCACCCAUUAGGAACACAAUUUCGAUUGCUAAUCCUUAAUAUAUAUUUCAUGUAGGAACUCCAAAUAGAUAUAACAUAUAACUAAGUUUUACCCGCGACUUCAUUCCACAUGAUUGGGAUAUAUUCAGUGAUCGGGAUAAUAGUAGUCUAUAAACUUCUUUCUAUCGUCUUCGUGGGUGUCGUAAGAGGCGACUAAGGGAACUUAAUGGACAAAAGAUGGGCAACAGCGUCUCUCUUAAAACAUCACCAAAUCCUAACUGCGGUUGCCAACCAAUCUGCCAAGCGUGGCAACUACUGACAAAACCCCAUCUUAUGGGGGAGGCUUAGUUUCAGCAAUGGACAGCUAACAGCUGAUAUGAUGAAAUCAAAUUUCAUAGUAUGUUGUUAAGCUGUUACGACACUUGUUGGUAACAAAUAAACAAACAAACUCACUUUUACAUUAUUUAUACUCGUAUUAGUAAGAUUGUUACAUUAACGUUAUCAAUCACGUUUCUAAAUUUGUUACUUACCUAUAUGUUUAAAAAUAGUAACUUGAUUUUCUUGUGUCAGGUUCAGUGCUAGAGGUAUAAAAGAUUGUGAUUAAGUAUAUUUAAAGAAAGGUUAUUUUUAUAUAUUUAGCUGGAAUAAAAGAGGCUCCUUUGAACUAAUUUUAGAACCAAGGCUAAGUGCCAAAUACAUAAAUUCAUCGAAGAAAUCUUAAUACACCCUAUUAAGAUUUCUUCAGGGUCGGCAACGUGCACGUGACAAGCCUAGUGUUACAUAUGUCUGUAGGCUACAGUGAUCGUUUGCUAUCAAAGAUUUAAAAAAGUAACUAUUGAGUUUCUUGCGGGCUCUUCUUAAUAAAUAACAACCGUCCGAACCCUGCAGUAGAUUAUAAAAAAAAUACGAAUUAAAAGUGCUUGUAAACCAGUCCUCUUGAAUAAAGAUGAUUUGAAUAUAAAUUCGAAUCAGACGGACUGUACGCUUGUUUGUCAUCUUUACGGUAUAAAAAAAAUGUUGAUGCGACAUCUAUUUCAAUCUAUGUCUGUGACUUGACUGAUAGAAACCAGAACUAAGGAACUUGUUACAAAUUAUCAAAAACUUGACAGAUUCAGGUUAUGUGACUACAAAUUAGACUGUUUUGGGUACGUUUUGGUACUAAUUAGAAUUACAGCACAUUUUUAGUUUGUAAACCUGUUUGGUUUUAAGGACUCUUAAUAAACUCCCAUUGAUUACAAUGAGGUCGAUUCUGAGGAGCUCUUUCUUUAAACCUGUCCCUAAAAUUUAAAAUAAUUUGAUAUUAUAUUACAAUUUGAUUUGAAUUUUAUUCUAAACAUCAAUAUGAGUUAAAUUUCCAAUAGGGGGACUUUGUACAAAAGUCGAUUGCUUGGGUACCUCUGUCCCAUUCGUGUUUCAACCGUAAAGCAGUUGUGUUUGCAUGGCUGUGUUUCGGUUUAAAGGGUGGGAUAUGGCGUGAAUUUACUGGGUACAGAGGAAUAACACCCGAGUCCUCAGGAAUGGCAACGCAUGGGGGGUAUCAUGGGCGAAACAGUAUACUCUGUUAUGUCCAUGGUACUGCUCAUGUCUAUAGGCGACGGUAACCACUUUCCAUCAGGUGAGCUGUCAGCUUGUUUGCCAUUCUAAGUUGAAUAAAAAAAAAUAUAUAUAUAGAUUUACUAUCGUGUUUCUCUUAUCCUAUUUUUUUUUCUAAUCAAACGAAAGUUUCUAAUACAAAAUCUUUAAUUUGAUAAAGGCACUUGUAAUUAUUUUCCUUAAUGUUUUACGCUGUUAACUUUCUUAAUUAUACAAUACUAUUUAUUUAUUUAGACUUUUACACACAUUAAAGGCGGACUACAGGGCGCACUUAAUGCCUAAUAGCAUUCUCUACCGGUCACCCAUUACGCUAAACAGAGAGAGUAAAUGACGCUGAAUUAAAAAAAAAUGUAAAUUAAAUAAGUAUUUAGAGAGAUUACAACAAUUUAUGAUAAAUAAACAUACAAACAUAUCGAAUAAUAUAUGUACUUACAAAGAAUAAUCAUACAUAAUGCAUGGGGGUUAUCAUGGGCGAAACAGUAUACUCUGUUAUGUCCAUGGUACUGCUCAUGUCUAUAGGCGACGGUUACCACUUUCCAUCAGGUGGGCCGUCAGCUUGUUUGCCGUUCUAAGUUGUAUAAAAAAAAAAGAUUUAAAUUAUAAAUAUUUUAAAUUUAAUUUCGAAUACUUCAUAAAGCAAUAAUUUCACGAAACUAUCAAGUUAAAAAGUAAAAAGAUAGGUUUUGUGAAAUACAGCUUCAGAAUCGACCACAUUAUCUGAAGUUUUUCAAACCAUAUCUUUCUUUUAAGUUUUUUUUUUCUAUUAUUAAACACGUGUCUGUGUCCUUCUGUCUGGGCUUACUUAACGUUAUCUACAUAAUCCAUAAAUGUUCGAAUAUUAUACAAUAUUUAUUUCAUUGUAUUUUAUUAAAUAUUGUGUUAAAAUAUUUAAGUUGGCAUUGUAUUGAUAACUCUUAACAUUAUGUUACAGUUUGUGCAAUAAUCGACCCUAUGUGUAUGUAAUAAGUACUUAUGUUGCUUACAUGAUUACACCUAAGAAAUAGGCCUGGAUAAUAAUAAAUUUAAGUGACUUGUAUGUAUUUUAAUUUAUGUAGUAUGUGUUUUUAAUGUGACAGUUACAUGUAUACGUAUUAAUAGAUAUUUUACUAUUAAUUAGCUACACGAAAAUCUCUUUUAUUGCAUCUGUUUUAAGAUUCUAAAUAAUAAAUUUUUAAUAAUAAUUUCUAUAGUUUGUCAGAUUGUCCUAUUUUUUUCUUGUUAUUCUGUUCUUGAAUAUGUCAGUGAGGAAAUAAAUUGUACUU